AUGGGUAACAGCGCUAAAAGAAAGAAGGAGAAGCAGAAGGACUUCACGAAACCUAAACUCAAGGUUGGAAAGACCAAGGCAAAGCCCGACAACUACACAGACACCACAUUCAAGUCCAAAUCAAUUGUUCUCACUCAACAAUCCCUCCAUUUGGCCGCCCCAACCUCAAAUGCAACCUUCACUCACAACCUCUCUCUCCUCGCCGCCAAAUCCGACACCCAAAGACGAGAUUCCCUCGCCUACCUCACCACCACAAUCUCCUCACGACCCGUAAACUCACCCCUCCCCCAACCAGUCAGCAUCAUCCUCCCAUCCCUCCUCCCCCUCAUCCUCGAUGCAUCCGCCAACGUCAGAACCCAACUCCUCAAACUCCUCAAAACCCUCCCAGAAAGCGACAUAGAAGACCACGUCGGCCAACUCCUCCCAUACGUCCGCGCAGGAAUGACCCACCUCGCAGCAGACAUCCGCGGCUCAGCAGUGGACAUCUUAUCAUGGAUGGUCGAAGCAGCAGGUGAAUCAACAGUUUCCUGCGCAGGAGGCUGGAUCAAGACUCUCAAUUGCUUCCUAUCAGUCCUGGGCUGGCACACAGACGAAUCAGCACGGUGGUCUUCCAACCGUGCCUCCUUCGGUAAAGCAGGUAGCCAGGGAAAACCAAUGGUCAAGACACUAGCUGCACUUUCUGGAUUCUUGGAUGCGGGUAUUGGCAAGCCUGCUGGGAAUGGAGAUGCGGAUGAUGAGGAUAUGUCUGAUGUCUCUGUUUGGCAUUACCCUCUUUCUCAGACGGAGCAUCAUAUGGUCUCGGAGUCGUCUACGCCUUUUGCGUAUUUGAAUCUUGCUGGUCAGCCUCGUGAUGAGGAAGGUGAGAUGUAUGAAACGAGGGAGGAUCGGUUCCGGGUGUUUUCGUCGAGGUUCCAUUUGGCUAUGGAGCGUGGAUUGAAAAGUGCUAGGGAAGAAGGUGGUGAGUUGGGUCGUGCUUCUUCGGGUGUGAGCAAAGUCUUGAAAGAGGCCAUUGCGUAUGGAGCUGGUCCGUGA